AUGUGCCUAAUGGUGUCACCAUUACAAACUGAUAUCGAAUCUAAAAAGAUGAGAGGAAAAGCUGUUCCAGGGAAAGCCAUCGUUUUACUCUGCAUUGCCAGCUUUCUGGCAGGAACACUCUUUACUAGCCAGACUUGGAGCCGUCAUAAUUCAGAGGUCAAAGAUCAGGUUUCACUUAUUCCCAAUUAUAUCAAAACUAAGAAACCAGAAAUGACAACAACAACAACCAAGAAUCUUGAUCAUAACAAGCGCAAGCUGGUUGAAGGAAAACCCGGAAAUAUUAUGGGAGAAGUUGCUAAGACACACCAAGCAAUUCAAUCACUUGAUAAGAAGAUUUCAUCUUUGGAGAUGGAGUUAGCCGUAGCUCGGACAAGUCAAGGAGAUCCUCAGUUUGUAGGUGAAAAAGCAACUAACCAGAGUAUACAAAAGGCUUUUGUUGUAAUUGGGAUCAAUACUGCAUUUAGCAGCAAAAGACGCAGAGAAUCCGUUAGAGAAACAUGGAUGCCGCAAGGUGAGAAACUAAAGAAACUAGAGCAAGAAAAAGGCAUAGUGAUUCGGUUUGUUAUAGGACACAGCGCAACACCUGGAGGGGUUCUUGACAAGUCAAUUGACGCUGAAGAAGCCGAGUACAAAGAUUUCCUACGCCUCAACCAUGUUGAAGGCUACCAUGAGCUUUCUACCAAGACGCGACUCUAUUUUUCAACAGCAGUUUCACUCUGGAAUGCAGAGUUUUAUUUCAAAGUUGAUGAUGAUGUUCACUUAAACUUGGGUAUGCUAGUCAGUACUCUGGCAAGACAUCGAUCAAAGCCGAGAAUCUACAUUGGCUGCAUGAAAUCUGGACCUGUUCUUUCUCAGAAGGGUGUAAAGUAUCAUGAACCAGAGUACUGGAAAUUCGGAUCAGAGGGGAACAAAUAUUUCAGACAUGCUACUGGUCAACUUUACGGCAUUUCUAAGGAUCUUGCAGCUUACAUAUCGAUUAAUGCACCCAUUCUACACCGCUAUGCUAAUGAAGAUGUUUCUCUGGGCUCCUGGUUAUUUGGCUUAGAAGUUGAGCAUGUGAACGAUCGGACCAUGUGUUGUGGAACGCCUCCAGAUUGUGAGUGGAAAACACAGGCAGGAAAUGUAUGUGUAGCAUCAUUCGACUGGUCGUGCAGCGGAAUAUGCAAAUCCAUCGAGAGGAUGAAAGAAGUGCACAAUGCUUGCGGAGAAGGAGAUGAUGCAGUUUGGAAUGUUGAUCUCUAA